AUGCAGUCACGCGUGAGUCUCGUGCUUCUCUUUGCGGCACUGGCCGCUCCGGUCACCGCACAAUCUUGUCCCUCCGUCCACAUUUUUGGUGCACGAGGCACCGGUGUUCCCCCAGGCUAUGACCUUCUCCUCCCUUUAGUAAAUCAGCUAAAGGCCACCUAUGCUGGCGCCACGUCCGAGGCAAUUGUUUAUCCAGCUUGCGGCGGAGCAAGUUCCUGCGGAGGAGUUUCAUAUGGCGACUCGGCAAAACAGGGAACCGCUGCCGUAGCGACGGCUGUUAAUAAUUUCCAUAACAACUGUCCGAAUACCAAGUUGGUGUUGAUGGGUUACUCGCAGGGCGGACAAAUUAUAGACAACGCCUUAUGUGGAGGACCUGAUCCCAACGCGGGAAUCACUGACCUGUCUAUACCCAUUUCCGCAAGCGCAGCACAAAUGGUCAAGGCAGCUAUUUUCAUGGGAGAUCCUCGAUUUCAGUACGGGUUUCCUUACGAGAUUGGGACUUGCAGGCUUGGAGGCUUUGCUGCGCGUCCAAAGGGCUUCUCGUGCAGUAAUGGAUCUAAAAUUCAGUCGUACUGUGACUCUGCCGAUCCUUAUUGCUGCCAAGGCAAUGAUACGAGCGCUCAUGCGGCGUAUGUGAAUGUCUAUGGACAGAAAGCGAUUGCCUUCAUUGAGGCCAAGUUAAACUCGUAG